AUGGAAGUUCGAUUCGAGAGUUUAUCUGUCUCGGCCGAUAUUGUCGUGAGGGAUGAGACUCAACUCCAGGUAGAGCUUCCAACGCUCUCAAAUGUCGUCAAAACAGAAUUAAGGCGAAUGACCGCUUCGAAACGCGUUGUCACGAAGCAAAUACUGCGAAAUCUGAGUGGAAUACUGAAACCUGGAACCAUGACUCUUGUCCUUGGUCAGCCAGGGUCCGGCAAGUCGACGUUCAUGAAGAUUUUGAGUGGGUGCUUCCCGGUGAAGAGUAAUAUUACGGUGGAAGGGGGAAUGACUUUCAACGGUGUUCCUCAAGAUGAAAUCCGCGCAACGCUGCCACAACUUGUGUCGUACGUGGAUCAGCAGGACAAACACUACCCAACAUUGACGGUACAGGAAACACUCGAGUUUGCGCACGACUGCCAUGCCAUUCGUCAACUUGGUCUUGGUAGUUGCCAGAGCACAGUAUUGGGUGAUGCUAUGCUACGUGGUGUAUCGGGUGGUGAGCGUAAGCGUGUAACAAUGGGAGAGAUGGCAUUUGGUAACGAACCCGUCGUUAUGCUGGACGAGAUCAGCACGGGUUUGGACAGCGCUGCAACUUUUGACAUUAUUUCGACACAGCACGAGCUGGCUAACACCUUUGGCAAGACGGUGGUGAUUUCCUUGCUACAACCGUCCCCCGAGGUGCUCGAGUUGUUCGACGACGUGAUGCUGCUGAAUGAUGGCUACGUACUAUACCAUGGCCCCCGGUCUGAAGUGUUGACUUACUUUGAAGCUUUCGGCUUCAAGUGUCCAGAUAGCCGAGAUGUGGCCGAUUUCCUGUUGGAUUUGGGGACAGACAAACAGCAUCAAUACGAAGUGGAAGCAGCUCCAAGGAAGCCGAGCGAGUUUGCUCGUCACUUUGAGCGCUCUCGUGUUCACGCGCAAAUGCUGGAUACGUUGCAUCAAUACCUCAACGCUUAUCCAGCGCCAACUGAAAGUGUUUUCCCGUGA